GUCCUUAGUAACGCCUAGCAACGGGACCACAGUUGAUAAACAAGUGGCCAUCUAGCCUUUCUUGUUCUCUUCCUUUACACUUUGCUAGCUUUUGAGUUUAUAUAGAGCAAUGCCAGAGACACUUCCACUCGUGGGAGACUAUCGAGUUGUAGGUGCCAUGGGAGAAGGAACCUUCUCGGAAGUACUCAAGUGUCAGAGUCUUCUCGACGGUAAACUGUACGCCUGCAAGAAGAUGAAACAAAAAUACAGCAAUAUGACACAAGUCAAUAACCUGAGGGAGAUUCAAGCACUUCGGAGACUUAAUCCUCAUCCAAACGUCAUAGAACUAAAAGAAGUAAUCUUUGACAGACAGACUGGCACGCUAUCUUUAAUAUGUGAACUGAUGAAUAUGAAUAUUUACGAGCUUAUUAAAGACCGGAGGUCAUAUCUACCAGAAGCACGCGUUCGUUUGUAUACGUAUCAAUUAUGCAAGUCACUGUAUCACAUGCACAGGAAUGGUAUAUUUCACAGAGAUGUCAAGCCAGAGAACAUACUAAUAAAAGAUGAUCUACUAAAAUUAGCUGAUUUUGGUUCAUGCAAGAGUAUGUAUUCAAAACUCCCUUUCACAGAGUACAUAUCAACUAGAUGGUACAGAGCACCAGAGUGUCUGCUAACUGACGGACACUAUGGACACAAGAUGGACAUGUGGAGUGUUGGAUGUGUCCUUUUUGAAUUAAUGAGUCUCAGACCGUUGUUUCCCGGAUCAAAUGAGUUGGAUCAGAUAUCAAAGAUACACGAUGUUGUUGGUACUCCUUCCUCGCAAGUCCUGGACAAAUUUCGUAAAAUUCAGUCUAAAAGUAUGGAUUUUAAUUUCCCAUACAAGCACCCAACUGGUAUAUCAAUAUUACUGAAGCACGCAUCAAAGCAGUGCAUUGAUCUCAUUACCAAACUUUGUACUUAUGAUCCAGAAGAAAGACCAAGUGCUAAAGAAACUUUACGGCAUCCUUAUUUUAAAGAAUUAAGGGAGGCAGAAAGAAGGUCCAAGCUACGUUUGAAGUCAGAUGUCAUGCAACCAGAGUUAUCAAUGAAACAGCAGCAGCAUCAACAUAAGCAUUACAAGCAAGGGAGAGGGAAACAAAGAGAAAGAGAUGAGUUUGUUCCAGUAAAACAGAGACAAUACUACAUACCAGUCCUAGCUAGUCAGGCCCAGGGCCCUCCUCCUGGAGUCCAUGGCUCCAUGAUGAGUAGUCUGACUCUGCCACAGUUACCCAAACCACCUCAGCUCCAGGUUAAAGGAGAGCAGCAAGUCCUCCAUGGAGUCAAUAGUGGCCUAAGCACUGGACUACCGUCAUUAGCUCAAUCUAUGAAAGCCGGCCCAUCUCAUAUAGCCAGGCAUCAGCAACCCCAUAUCUCACCCUUCCCUUCUUUACUAGCUAGUACUAAUCCUUCAGCAAAGUCAAAUACAAUGUUUCCAACUGGAAGACAUCAUCAGAUUGGUCCCACUCACCUCCCUUCUCUCGGCAAACCCUAUUAUGUACAGAGAACCAAUCAAUAGGAUAUAAUUAUACACUAUUACAAGAUUUAAAAUUAUAUUAUUAUUAUCACAUAAAACUCUUCCUCCUCCUCUUAUUAUUAUUAUUAUUAUUAUUAUUAUAAUCGUCUUAUAUCAACUGAUUCACAGUGA